AUGCUCGGUGGACUCGAAAUCUAUCCGUACUCCAUCCCAGUCGAACGCGAGGAUGUCGUACGGUCUGGGGCGCUGACGACACUCCCUGUGAGAAUGCACCGUCACAACCAUCUUGCCGACGCCGGAGCUUUGUGCUUGGUCAAUGACUGGCGCAAUACAAUGAAGGAUGGUCAAGAAACAAAGUCGAGUGGAUCACCAUCUGUCGUGGGUAACUGGGCGAGCUUCAUUUGGCCUGAGAGCGACCCGGAAAGACUGGGACUUCUCACUUACCUUUUGGAUGUUGGUUGUUUCCACGACGACGCUUGUGAAGAGAUGACCAUGGUUUCUGCCCAUGAGGAGCAUUUGGACCUGGCCGGAGCAAUGGACAUGGAAGACAAGCGUAUCCUGAGUGAAGAUUCGCGAUCAUUGCGUACAAAACAGCUUGUCUCCAAGGCAGUUUUGGAAUGCAUCAAGAUUGAUAGAGAGGGUGCAAUGCGCAUGCUUGAGGCAUAUAGAAAAAAAUGGCUGCGCAUCAUGGAGACCUAUAACACGGACGAGAUACAUGGAAUUGACGAGUACUUUCUUGCCAGGGCGAAUAAUGGGGGCAUGGGGGCAUACUAUGCAAUGCUGGAAUUCUCCCUCGGAAUCGUUGUUACCGAGGAUGAUUACUCCAUCAUGGCCGAACCUAUUACUCACGUCGAACGCUGCAUGCUCCUGACUAAUGAUUAUUGGAGCUGGCCGCGAGAGCGUGACCAGGCAGAGCACCAGGAGAGCGGAAAAGUAUUCAAUACCGUAUGGUUUUUGAUGAAGAAUGAACAACGCACCGAGACCGAGGCCAUGGAAAGGGUACGGGAGCUGAUUCACGCAGAGGAACGGGCAUGGACGGCCAGCAAAGAACGCCUGUACACUCAAUACCCAAAACUAAGGCCUGACAUGGUCAAGUUUUUGGAGAGUUUGCAGACGGCUCUUGCAGGAAACGAUUAUUGGAGUAGUCAAUGCUACCGCCACCAUGACUGGCGACACGUUCCAAAGCUUUCCGUCCAAGACGGUCCCAAGAUUCAUGAGCUUGCCGGUAUGGGGAAGGCUUUGACAAUGGAUCUCGGGGAAAUCGACGAUAAUACGUCCUCUGAUUCUUCAUCCGAGCCGUCUACAGGGUCAUCGUCAUCUCAAACUGCCGGCAUCAACCUGCAUAGCCCCCUAUCCAGCGUUAAGUCUAUCCCAACGUUUGCAGCAAGCGAGGGGUUGCUAGCAACGCAAGCUCCAGUUUUUGAGCCAGCUAACUACAUCAGAAACAUGCCCUCCAAGAACAUGCGUUCGCAGCUGAUCGACUGUUUCAACCUUUGGUUGGAGGUUUCCAAACCCACCCUUGCGGCCAUCAAAGAAACCAUUGACUGCCUGCAUCAUUCAUCACUGAUCCUGGAUGACAUCGAGGACGGCUCCGACCUCAGGCGGGGCAUGCCUGCCGCCCAUGUUGUGUACGGCGUCGGCCAGGCCAUUAACAGCGCCACCCACCUUCACGUGCAAGCCGUCGCAAACAUCCACGCCCUGGCUUCCCGAGAGGGCAAACCUGAGAUGAUGGAUGUAUUUCUCCGUCACCUGAACCAGCUUUUCAUAGGCCAAAGCUGGGAUUUACAAUGGACUUUCCACCGACGUUGCCCUACCGAGGAGCAGUACCUAGACAUGGUGGACCAAAAAACGGGCGCCAUGCUACAGAUGCUUCUUGAGCUGAUGCAAAUAGCAAUGCCGCCAGAACAGGAGCCGGGAAGAGCUGUUAAGCAAGAGGAGUUCAAGGUUCGCAAAUAUCUGCUGCAGGAGUUCACAAGGCUUUUUGGCCGGUUCUUUCAGGUUCGUGACGAUUACAUGAACACCUUGUCAGCGGACUAUGAACGACAAAAAGGUUUUGCCAGCGACCUCGACGAGCAAAAGCUAUCAUAUAUGCUGGUCCACAUGUUUGAGAUACAUCCCGAGACGCGAGACAAGGUCGAGGGGAUAUUUAAUGCCAUGAGGCGGCCAGGAGGUGGCUUGUCAGAGGGCGCGAUAGACGUAGCCAAGAGGUACAUCUUGUCGAUUAUGGAGGAGACAGGUACCAACAAUUUUACGUAUCAACUGCUCCAGAGAUGGCACGGGCAGAUUCUUGAAAGUAUCGGGGCACUUGAGGAGCACUUUGGGGUGGAAAACGUCAUGCUUCGCCUCCUUGUGGAGACGUUGAGGGUUUAA